AUGAUAUCUAGGUUUCCAUCAAAUUCCAAGUUGAGGAACUCUUCAAGCGAAACAUUAGAAGAGUCCUCUUGGCUAUUUUCCCUGUCAUCAUCUGAAACACUAAGUGGAGCCUUACGAGUCAGUCUCUCUCCAGCUAGAAGGCGAAAAGAUGAAGUUUCAGAUAUCAAAUGGCAAUCGCUCUCGUUAACUUUUGUUUCCUUAUCUGUAGACAUUUUAACGUCUCCUGGAACCUGUUUAACCUUUUCUUCAUCCAAGUCAGUCGCUAGUGGUAGAAUAUGA